UUUCUCUUUCGAUUUCUCCCGCCCUUCGCACUACUUUGCCCGGGAUUUUCCAGCCCGCGGCUUGCAUUCUCCCAACCAGACCGGGGCUCUUCGAGAGACGAGAGAGGCGGAAAAAGACGGGAUUGGCCUUUCGCCUCCGCCAAUCAUCGCCCUAACGACCCAGAAGCUCACCCAGCGGCGAAUGUAACUCAAGAGCUCGGGAAGCGCCCGCGGGGGACACUUUUCCCGGGAGAAGCCAAAGUGGCUGCUGCCUUUCGUCGCCUCUGCGAUUCGCCCGCCUUGCUCUUUCUAGGGAUGAGGGGGCUGCUCCGAGGCUCCGUUUCCACCUGCGGGGUGAUCCUGACCGUCGCCAUCCUGUACUGCUGCGCUAACAGAGCAGCUGCUUCAGAUAACAAUCUUUUCACCAUCCGGCAUGAAAAUUCUAAUAAGUGCAUCCAAGUUAAAAGCCAGCACCUAAUAUUAGGAAAUUGUGAGGAGACAGACGAGAGCUUAUGGACCUGGGUCUCUCAACAUCGCCUUUUUAAUUUGGCAUCCCAAAAAUGCCUUGGACUAGAGACUGUAAAGUCUACAAAUACCUUAAAAAUGUUUGCUUGUGACUCGGAACUCAAUCUGUGGUGGCGCUGUGUUGGUGAUUCCAUCCUCUCCACAUCUCAGAAUAAACUAGCAUUAAAGAAUGGAAUCCUCACUGUAAGCCUAAACUCUUCUGAUGCUUGGAGAAGAAGCAAUUCCAGCGAUACGAUUUGUAAAUUUCCAUAUAGUGAAAGUUAUACCAGGGAUGGGAAUGCCUAUGGAAAACCUUGUGAAUUUCCUUUCCUACAUAAUAAUACAUGGUAUCAUGAUUGCAUUUACAAUGAGAAAUAUCCAGGAAGUAAAUGGUGUUCCGUAACCACUUACUUCAAUCAAGAUGAACAAUGGGGCUUCUGCUUAAAAAGAGAGGAUGGCUGUCAGAAUACAUGGGAACAGUUUAAAGAUUCUGGAAAUUGUUACCAGUUAAACACACAGGCUGCCCUUUCUUGGAAAGCAGCAUACCUCUCAUGUAAGAAGCAAGGGAGUGAUUUGGUCAGCAUCACAAGUGCAUCGGAGUUAAAUUAUAUCAGAGCUAAAGAUGGUAUUGCAGAAAUAUUUUGGAUUGGAUUAAAUCAGUUGGACGUUUCUGGAGGCUGGCAUUGGUCAGAUCAUAAUCCAUUGAACUUCGUGAACUGGAAUUCAGAAAUGCAGGAUGUAUCUCCACUAGACGGAAAUGAUUGUGCAGCUAUGAAUGCUGACACAGGUGAUUGGAAGAGUUAUCCCUGUGACACUCCACUUCCUUAUGUCUGCAAGAAACAAGUUAAUGACAGUCAACUGGAUUUCCCAGAUAUUCAGAACAAUGUUGAGACUCAGUGUGAAUCUGGCUGGUACGCGAACAAUGGAUUUUGCUACAUGCUAAAGAACAACAUUGCUUCGUGGAAUGAUUCCUAUCAGUUAUGCAGUGAACUCAAUAGUAGCCUGAUCAGUAUACAUUCCUUAGCAGAUGUUGAAUUUGUCAUUACAAAACUCCAUAAUGAUACAAAAGACAAAAUAUGGAUAGGAUUAAUGAAUAAAGAGAUUCCAGCCUUUUUUAAGUGGUCAGAUGAUUCCAAAGUAAUAUUUACAUACUGGGAUCAGAAUGAGCCAAGGGUUUCCUUCAAAAGCUUUCCAAACUGUGUCUCCUAUUCUGGAAAGUUUGGCCUAUGGAACAUCCUACCUUGUAACAAUAAACUUAAGUUUGUGUGUAUGAAAAAAGGAAAAGUUUUAGAGGAACCAAAAUCUGAUAAAGCUUGUUCCCCAAGUAAGGAAUGGAAGAAACAUGGAGAUUAUUGCUAUAGGAUUGACAAGAAUGAAGUCGUCUUUGGAAGUGUGUGCAAUCUUACUAUAGCAAACAGAUUUGAACAAGAAUUUAUAAAUAAUUUAAUCACAAUGCAUAAUAAACUUGAAGAAAAAUAUUUCUGGACUGGCUUGCAAGAUAUCAGCUCAUCAGGAGAGUAUAAAUGGGGAAGUGUGGAUGGAAAUAAUGAACUACUAACAUACACAAAUUGGGGUUCCUUUCAACCAGGAAUCCGUGGAGGAUGUGUGGCAAUGUCAAAUGGAAGAUAUCUUGGAAAGUGGGAAGUCAAGGAUUGCCAAACAUUUAAAGCUUAUUCCAUUUGCAAGAAAUACAUUGGACCAAAGAGAGAAACAGAGAUAAUGCCAAAAAUCACUGACCCUUGCCCACAAGGGUGGUCAAGGGGUUCAGGUCUUUCUUGUUACAAGUUUUUUCAUAAGGAAAGAGUGCUGAGAACCAGAACUUGGGAAGAAGCUGAGAGAUUCUGUGAAGCUCUUGGAGGACAUCUUCCUAGUUUCAGCAACUCAGAAGAAAUUAGGGAACUCCAUACAAUACUGAGGGAGAUCAUCAGUGAUGACAGAUGGGUCUGGAUUGGGCUAAAUAAGAGGAAUCCUGAUCUUCUGGGUUCAUGGCAAUGGAGUGACAAUAAGCCGAUCUCUUCUGUUGUUAUGCCUCUGGAAUUUAGAGAAGAUGACUAUGAUCUUCGAGAUUGCGCAGCUGUCAAGACCCUCGGACGAAGACGUCGGCCGCUGUAUCAUAUGUACCUAUUUGAAGAUAGAGAAGAGGAUUUCUACUUAAAACCUUUCCAUUGUGAUGUACAACUUGAAUGGGUAUGCCAGAUCCCUAAAGGUAGUACUCCAAAGAGACCUGAAUGGUACAAACCAGAUGAAGAAGGAAUUCAUGGGCCAACACUGAAUAUUGAUGGGUCAGAAUUCUGGUUCGUGGCAAAUAAGCAUCUGAGCUAUCAAGAAGCUUCCUUGUAUUGUUUGGAGAAUGGAAGUGAUUUGGCUUAUGUGACCACCUUCACUGCUCUGAAUGGCAUUCUAAACACAAUUUUAAAAUUAUCGGACGAGAAUCAGAACUGGUGGUUCAAAUACAAAAUUCCAGCAAUUCACUAUCGUUUGCCCUUUUUAGCACACUAUUUUGAACACCACCCCAGAAAAUGUUGGCAUAUCUCUUAUCAAUCCUGGUUAAGAGGCAGUUCAUUAGGUUGCAGUACAAAACUGCCUUUCAUUUGUGAGAAAUACAAUGCAUCAUUAUUGGAGACAGGCGAACCAGGCUAUAAACCAAGUGAGGAAAGCUGCCCUGAAAAUUGGAUUUUUUUCCUAAAUAAGUGUUAUCGAAAGGUGACCCCUCGGAGCAUGACAUUUCAAAAAGCAAAUGAAUACUGUCAAUCUGUAGGAGGAAUCCUUCCUUCAAUCAAAAGCCAGCUUGAACAAGACUUUAUAACAUCCUUACUCCCUGGUCUGCCCCCAAAGAUUUGGAUUGGUUUACGUUCCCAAAUACAUAUGCAUGUAAACAAGUGGACUGAUGACAGUGAUUUAGAUUAUGUCAAUUUCCAUCCUUUGCUUCAAGGAAGGCUAAAAAAAAUUCAGUUUCAUGUAUUUAAUGAGGAAGAGAGUAACCAGUGUGGUGUUUUGCUCAAUAAUCCCAAAGCUUAUCUAGGAACUUGGAAUUUUACUUCUUGUCUUGAUACUUUGCCUUUGGCCAUAUGUCAGAAGGAUCCAGAUUCUGUAAAAAACCAGACAAUACAAGUUCCUGAACGUACCAUGAAAUAUCUAAAUGUGACCUAUACCAUAAUUCCGAAGACGUUGACGUGGUUUGAUGCCCAGGAAGAAUGCCUGAAGAGCAAUAUGAGGCUGGUUAGCAUUACAGAACAAUAUCAACAGGCAUUUCUUGCUUCUCAGGUGGCUCUCCAUAAUCACUCGCUCUGGAUUGGGCUCACUAGCAAUGAUGAUGGAAUACAUUAUCACUGGUCAGAUGAAAAACACAUUAGUUUCAGUCGUUGGUCUGAAGAAGGCAAAGAUUUGCUUGGUGACUGUGUGUAUUUGGACACAGAUGGAUUUUGGAAAACAUCUGAAUGUUAUACAGAAAAACCAGGAGCAGUUUGUUACUUACCCGGAAAUGAUACUGAAACCCAAGAAGCAUAUCCUGGAUCAAUUAAAUGCCCACACCAGGUUAAGAAUAUGCCAUGGAUAGCAUAUCAAAACAGUUGUUACACAUUUUUAAUACCACAAAAUAGAUGGAGAGGAUUGAAAGCAGUUGAAGCUAAACAUACAUGCAUGAAAAUGAAUUCAAAUGCAUCUCUUUUGAGUAUCAGGGAUGAAGAUGAAAAUGAUUUUAUUCUUGAACAGUUUCAGUCUUUCAGUGGCUUUGUUCAGUGGAUGUGGUUGGGUUUGACUCAUGACACUGACGGUAACCUGAAGUGGUAUGAUGACACAUACGUGUCCUACAACAACUGGAGAAAUGGGCGGCCUAACAUCAAGAGUAACUUCUUUCUUGCCGGCGUUAACGUGGAUGGCUUCUGGGACAUUUACGAUCAUUCGCAUAAUAACUGGUUAUAUUGGCAAUUUGGUUUUCACAGCCUCCUGGUCUGCAAGCUAGACCUGGAGCCCAAAAUCAGCCAACCUCCGCUUCCUACAAAGCUGCCCUACAAAAACAAUGUUUACUGGAUUCUUCGGCAACAGCUCAAUUGGUAUGAGGCAUGGAAAGAAUGCAAACAGAAAGGAAGUGAUUUAGCCAGCAUUCACAGUAUUUCCGAACAACUCUUUUUGGAAGAUAUUGUAAAGCGUGAUGGAUUUCCAUUGUGGAUUGGUUUAUCUAAUCAUAAUGGAAAUGAUUCUGAUUUUGAGUGGUCUGAUGGAAGCCAGUUUGAAUACCAGCCUUGGGAAUAUCAGCAUUCUCAUACUUUUGGAAAUUGUUUUGCUAUGGACACCAAAGGAAUUUGGAAUCGCAGGAAAUGCACCUCUCAAGGCGAUGGUGCUAUCUGCUACUUUUCUUCAAAUAAAGUGCAAUUAAAGCAAACCGAAACAUCAUCAAAGUGUCCAGACUCUCCUAAUGAAGCAUCACAAUGGCUAUACUACAAAGAUUAUUGCUACGCAUUUGAUAUGGCAUUUUAUAAUUAUUCCACAUAUACUGGAAACACAGCUAGGAAAAUUUGCAAGAAACUUGAUCCUUCUGCAGAUCUUCUGACUAUCAAGGAUGAAGAGGAAAAUACGUUUGUGAACACACACUUGAAAGAAUAUUGUUUUAUUACUGGGAAAGUAUGGCUUGGAAUACAAUUAAAUGAUAAGUCCUUGAACUGGCUUGAUGGCUCUGACGUUAAAUAUACAAAUUGGGCCAAUGAAACUGAAAAGGCUAAUGGUCAGUGCAGUGUUAUCUUUUCAGCCAAUGGAACAUGGUCCAAAGCAGACUGCAACAAUGAACAAAGCAGAGUUGUUUGCAAAAUUCCUCAAGUCUCUCAUCAUUCAAGAGGGGCAAUAGCAUUUGGUGUUAUAUUUGUUAUCGCCCUUCUUGUUGGAUUAGGAUACGUCCUGUAUAGAAAGAUGCAACUACGCUCAAUUGGAUUGGCUUCUGUUCGCUAUGAGAGGGGAAUGUAUGAUGAUGAAACUGACACCAUGUUUUCUAGAAAUGACGAUUAAUAACCGUUUUCUGCUUGGCGUACUGAAACCAAUUUUCAAAUCAGCUCCUGAACAUCUUCCAAAGAUGCUAUUGACUUCCAUUCUUGGGGUUUGUUGACACCUUCCCUUUUUUUUCAAGUUUGUGGGGGGAGGGGAUCUUUAAAAACAUUCAAACUUUGCACUUUUUGUGACCUGAGAUUUGCACGUGACUUGAAGUAUGGUGCAUGGAAUAAUUCUGAUAUCCUGUGCCAUUUACCCAAAUGAAGUAAGAUAGCAGAGGGCCAGAGAAUUACUUGAAAUAUAACUUAUUGAAAAUAAAGUAUGUUGAUAGCUUAUGGUGUUAAAAAUAUUAUAUUUUCAAAGUUAAAGGUUACUUUGAGUCAAGUUAAACUUUUGGCAACAGAAUGAGGAGACCCGGGAUUUCUGAUCCAAGUAUGAGCAGGCCCAAACUUGCUUACCGUUUCUGAAGUCAACCAAGGUUAGUGAGAUAUUGCCAUCUGCUCUGAUCCUUUUUAUUAUCCUUCAGAUCUUUUGGGGCCAUUCUGAUUUUCAAUAAAAGCUCUCAAAGAUUCCUUCCAUCUUUUAAAACAAAUGUAUUAAGAAUUACAGUAUGUUAAACAGAUAAAACUACAGAGAAACAUAUAAGUACAUACAUACAUACAUUAUUAUAUUCCUCUCAAAACAAAAUAGUAAAAAAAGGAAAUUUCUCCUUUCAUACCCAAUAAGCUUAUUCAAAUUGACAAUUUAUUGCUGUCUUUUAAAUUACAACCAGAUAUCUCUUUAUUCCAUACCUCACCCCAUUUUCUAUAAACUUAUUUUUAAAUUUUCAGCUUCCAUUCCCCAACAAAGGUCCAGUAAAAUUAACAAAAAUAACCAAGGACAUAAAUAUAUAAUCCCUCUUUCUAUUUAGGCUAAAUUCCCCUCAUCCCUCUCUUGAGCAUUAUUACAAAGAUAAGAAUAAUAAGAUUGAAAGCUAUUGAACUUUUAUCACAAAUAACAAAUCCUAAUUUAGAUUUCCAAAAAUGGCAAUGUAAAUAUUACAAUAUUUAGUUUGUUUACAAACAAUUAGCAUCACCAAAAAUAGCAACUUGAUAUUUAAUCAUAGACAAAUAAACCAAUUUUGUAUUUUUUUUCCUUUUUCCUCCCAGUCAUCUUUGAAUCCGAUAAAUAAAGUUCUAACUCCUGUUUUCCUGUAGUCUCUUUGCCUCUUCUUUUGAAGUUAUUAUAGUCCAUUUGUAUUUUCCAUGAAGUGAUUUGAGUGACUGUUCUGGAUUUCAAUUUAAAAAGACAGUCCAUAUCAUUUUGAAUGUAUUUUUGUAUGAAAGUUUUUUUUUUAAAUGAUCAUCCAAAUUCAUUUGUAAAUUCAGUAUUUCCAACUCUCUCCGUCCUUCUCUCUCUCCUCCUCAGAGUUGUAAUUUUCAGAUCCACCUUAAACUCCUUUUCAGCUGUCUUUAAAAGAGUUCAUCUUCACUAACAUUUUUUCCAGGAAAGAAUUAAAGCAGCUCAAGCAUUUCAGAGCCUAUAGAUUAAAAAAAAAAAACAACUCAGUUUAAAAUAGCCAUCAUGUACUUGUUUUGCUUUAAAAUGUAAACAAAUCAGAUUUUUCCCCACAUGAGGUCUUUCUACUUAGUUUUGAAAUCUUUCUUUCUUAAAUCAAUUUGAAGCCUUGGCCAUUAAAGCUGUUUCAAAAUAACUCUAAAACCAGUCCUUCCGUGUAUAUUGCAAAAAGUUACCAAAAAUAAAAAUAAAAAAUAGACAACUUACAAAUGCCGAAAAAAAUAUUGUUUCUUUUAAACAGGCUGAAAUGACAUUUAUCCAGCAACUAUAAUCUUUGUUGUUCAGAAGUAUUUUCAAUCUUAAAAGAGGCAGUAAAAACUCCAGUGUGAUUAAAAACAUGAGGUUUGAUCAAGCCUUGAGUCCCUAAGUUUGAGGCUCAAAGGAGGGUAGAAACCAGAACUCCCAGCUGCUUGGAAGCAGCUACAAAAACGAGAGUUUCUACAGAAAUUCAGCUGAUUGAAAUACAUACGGGCAAUCUCUCUCUCUUCUGGAGAGAAUUUGGCCAGUCUGGGUCUCACCGCUAAGUGCCUUUUCAACCCAAAUGCCCCUCCAUCCACACAGAGUAGGGACUCGGUAGGUAUUGGCUUGCCUCGCUGCAUUGGAAACCCCAGGGUUCUUCAUCUUGAUCAAAGUUACAAAUUAGAUUUGGAUUCAUUUACUAUAUUCACUUUUAAAGCUUGACUUUUGUAUUUUCUGUAGCUACAACAAAAGAAUAGCAACAAGUUAUUGCCAGAUUUUAUUUUUCUUAGAUUUUGCUGUAUACACUGGAACAGGUUAACCUCAGUUCAAGGGCUAAAUGGAAGUUUCAGGGCCCUACUGUCCAUUAACUAUCCCAGAUUCACAAAUGGAAGUGUGUUUGUUGCAUAAUGUGUUUUUUGGUGUUUUUUAUUAUUAUUUAAGUUAGGCUUAAUAUUUUUUCAAAAGAGGUACUACUAAGCAUUUUCUAUAUUUGUAUUCAAAAUACAUUGUAAUCUAAGGUCUUAUUCAUGGUCAGAAUGCUUUACUCAUUCUUGAACUGGAAUAUCCAUCAUGGUUUAUUCUUGUCUGAUUCCAUAGCACUGUAUUCAUGAUUUCUGCUAUCCAUGCAUACCAUCAACUUCCUGCUCAUGAUUCUUUGCUGUGCAUGGCUUUUUCUGAUGGUACUUGUAGCAUGGAGCAAUUCAACAAGAGUAAACACCAUAUUUUGUCAGACCUUAAUAAACUUUAGAAAAGUAAUGUUAUAAAAACCUUCUGAUUUCAAUAGAGUUUCCAAAGAGAUCUGGCUGAUUUUUAGUAAGAAGCCAAAGCAUUUUGUGGCAUUGGAAAGACUAGUAAAAUUUGUUAGCCUUUGAGGUGCCAAAAACACAUCCAAUUUUUUAUGAUUUGAUUUGUAGCAUUUCUUAAAAUGUUUUCUUUAAUGAAACGCACCAGAGAGAUAACUAACAUCCACUUCUGAAAACUCAGAGGAAUGCCAUCAGAGAUUGCAAGGGAAAAUAUUGGUUUAUUGCUAAGUUAGCUCUUUUAAAAGAUAGUGAAUAUACAUCUCUGGAAUUAGUGAUAUAUACAUCUCUUUUAAAAAAAACAAAAACAAGUGUGUUUCCUUUUUCAUAUACAAGAGGAAAUGUGCUCCAUGGCAUUUAUUAAACAAAUGCUACAUGUGCAGAUAGAUACCCUUUCCCUUUAUGAAAAUAAGAAUGUUUUGUGUGCCUUGAAUUCUAUAUUCUAUGGUUCCAAUGUAACGGAUGUACAGUUCUAUGCACAACGAUAGGCCCUUGUGGUGGUUUUUUGCCUUGCCUUGUAGCAAAAGAUAAACCAAAGCCUACAACUUAUUUCUUUCCAAUUCCAUUUUUCAAGACAUUUUGUGUGGUCUUUAUAAAUAUGUGCUUAAAUACAUCCUUUUCUCUAGGUGAACACUUGUUUUUAAUUUUUUAAUGUUUAUAGUUUUAAUAUGUUUUUAUGUUAUUUUAUUAUUACUGAUAUUGUUUUAAUUCUUGAUUGAGAUCAGCCCAGAUUUUGUUGUAAGGUGGGUGGCUAUAUGAAUGUUUUAAAAUCUGGACAGAAAACCAACUUUUCUGCAAUUCAUUGCUCUGCUUUCUGUAUGUUCGUUUCUGCACUUGACCUUUAACAAUUUGGAGGGUAUUUUACUCUGAACUUUUCAGGGGCGUUACCACAAUGUGUGUGAGGACCUAAUAAAGAGGUAGUUUGCACUAAUGAAAUGAUGGCUGUUAUAUGUAUGUAUACACACACACACACACACACACACACCACUUGUAAAAGAAAUGCCUGUAUAUGCUGUGUGUCAGGAGUCAAAGGGACAAGAACCCUAACCUAAAACUAGAGAUAGGAGAAGUGCAUUAAGAAAAGAUAAGCUAGGAACCCUUGUUGCCGUGUCUGAUAGAUAAUGCGUUAUCCUGAUGCAAGGGCUUUUCUAGUUUCGACUAGCUUAACUUGGAAUGAGUAGUCUGCCAAAUAUUGCACCUUGAGGACAUAUGAGGAUUGAGGUAACUUUGCAACAAGAGCCAUUUUAAGGAACUACAUUGAAGAAAAUUCUAACCAAAAGUGAUAUAGUUCUUAAAUUAACAGCCUAGGUCAGCCUGCUAAAUAAACUACAGGAUACAGUCAGAUGGAGGAAGACACCCUUAGGCUGUGUAAGGAACCUUGUUCAGAAAACCAAAAUGCCUUUAUCAAAGUUUAUAGCUGAUAACUACUUUUGUACACUGUUCAAUCAACUUGCCAAGGAGGUAGUUGUUAAUGUUAUCUCGGUCCAACCAAGUCAGCCACUAAAGAGCAGGACUGAAAGAGUCCAUAUUACACCCCUGCAAAUCAGGCCACUUACCGUAUGCUAGGAUCAUACUUUCACAAGACUUGGUUACCAUGGUCAAGAGAUAAAAGAGUCUGAGAGUUUAAAAGCAAGUAGUUUUUUUUGUGUGUAUGUGAUGUUCCGUUUAAUAAGUUUGUGCAGCCCUAGUGAGACAAGAUUAUUUUGCACUCACAGGGGUUAUUUUAAUGUGAAUCUGUACAUAGAAUAGGGAUGUCAAUCAUUCAGCAUAGAAAUAAACAUGAAUAAAAUAUUCCACUGUUUCUAUGAAGAAUUUAAACAAUCUAAAACUUACUUUUGUAAAUGGUUUUAAUUCUGCUUGAUUUUUCCCCAAAGAAAAAUAUACUU